UACUUGGUGGCAGUACAGGCUUGUUGAAUAGCCAUGGGCUUCAAGUGCAGCAGCGAAGGAACUUGUCGCUGCAUGAAUACCUGAGUAUGGAACUGCUGAAGGAUGCUGGCAUUGCUGUUCCGCACGGAUUAGUCGCCAAGACACCAGAGGAAGCUUACCAGGUUGCAAAAGAAAUAGGAACAAAGGACCUUGUUGUAAAAGCACAAGUAUUAGCUGGUGGCAGAGGGAAAGGAACGUUUGAAGGUGGCCUUAAAGGAGGAGUGAAAAUAGUCUUUUCUCCAGAAGAAGCAAAAGACAUUUCCUCCAAAAUGCUUGGGAAAAAGCUGUAUACAAAGCAGACGGGAGAAAAAGGCAGGAUAUGCAAUCAAGUAUUUAUUUGUGAGCGAAGAUAUCCCAGGAGGGAAUAUUAUUUUGCGAUAACAAUGGAAAGAUGGUACCAAGGCCCAGUGCUCAUUGGCAGUUCUCAAGGUGGUGUCAAUAUUGAAGACGUUGCCGCAGAGAACCCUGAUGCGAUAGUUAAACAACCUGUUGACAUUGUGGAAGGCAUCAAAAAGGAGCAAGCAGUAAAGGUGGCUGAGAAAAUGGGAUUUCCUGCAAACUUAAUAAAUGAAGCAGCUGAGAAUAUGAUUAAGAUAUAUAACCUCUUUAUUAAAUUUGAUGCCACUAUGGUUGAAAUUAACCCCAUGGUUGAAGAUUCAACAGGAAUUGUGAUGUGUAUGGACGCCAAGAUAAAUUUCGACAGCAAUGCGGCUUAUCGUCAGCAGAAAGUCUUCAGCUUGCAGGACUGGACCCAGGAGGACAAGCGAGACAGGGACGCAGCCAAAGCGAACCUCAACUACAUCGGGCUGGACGGAAACAUUGGCUGCCUGGUGAAUGGGGCGGGCCUGGCAAUGGCCACGAUGGAUAUAAUUAAGCUCCAUGGAGGCACUCCGGCAAACUUCCUUGACGUAGGAGGGGGCGCUACAGCACAGCAAGUAACAGAGGCCUUUAGGCUUAUUAAUUCCGAUAAAAAGGUUCAAGCUAUUCUAGUAAAUAUUUUUGGAGGGAUUAUGCGGUGUGACGUGAUUGCGCAAGGUAUAAUUGUGGCAGUAAAAGAUUUGGAGCUAAGAAUACCCAUUGUAGUACGGUUACAAGGUACACGGGUGGAUGAUGCCAAAGCUAUAAUAACAGACAGCGGUCUAAAAAUCCUGGCCUGUGAUGACUUGGAUGAAGCUGCUAAAAUGGUUGUCAAGCUCUCCGAAAUAGUAACCUUAGCAAAACAAGCUCAGGUGGACGUUAAGUUCCAGUUGCCCAUCUGAUGGAGCUGACGGUGAUUCUCCAAUACUGUUCUCUU